AUGAUUGCAAUGUCGAGUAUUCUGCGCUCAAAUUUUUUCCUGUUAAACAGGUAAAACGCUUAACGGGUUUCUGAUUGUCAAAUAGGAAAACGAAAUUUGCGUUUUCUCUAGGGAUUCUUGGGAAUGAAGAAGAAGAUAAUGGGCCUACAAUGAAGACGGAGAAGGUAAAAAAUUUCGUAAUGCGGGCAUUAAUAGUAUAAGUCGGCAGCAAUAGAAGUUCAGAAAAAAAAUAAAGUACGCGCACAAUAAUUGCCUCCUCAGUCGCACUUAAAUUUGAGAAACAAGGCAACAGGUCGUUCGCAAAAAGCACGAUGUGGAAGGAUUUCAGAGAACGGAGAAACCUUCUGGUCUAUCCUGAAAAGACAAAGCUGGUCGGAUUGUUAUCAUGA